CCGCAGAUGUGGAACUGUGAUGUGUGUAUGAUUUAGUUCUUAAUGACAGUAAUUGGGACAGUCCUGGAAAACCUUUUGCAUCAUCUUUCUCAAACCAAGCCAGCUUAGCUCAAUAAAUCGGAAAACUAAAAGAUUUAAGAAGGUAGAUCAUCUGUCAAAGAGUUGAUCGAAGUAUGCAAAAAGAAGGCAGUUUAGAUGUAGAAGACAUACAGAGGCAACUACAGAAAGCAUUCAACACACUGAAGAAGUGUUUUAAUGGGAUUAAAGAAGUAGAAGAGAAGGCUAGGCCAUGUAUAAAGAUGAUAAUUAACCUUACUGAACAGUUUCACUGCUGUACUGCAGUUACCUCCCCUGGUUUACCACUGAAUAUUGACUUUAAUGAAGUGAGGCAGAAACUGCUGUACAAAAUAUCAACAGAAAUAAAUGAAAAUAUCAGCAAGCUUCAGACACUGAUUUGCAGAUAUGAGGAGUACAGUGACUGUAUGGGGAGCCAGUAUGAUAGGAGUAUGUCAAAAUGUGGUAGAUAUACUGCUGCAAAAGACAUAUCCCAGCUACUAGAGAGGUCUCCACUUUAUCCAUCUGUCACAGAUAUGUUAGAGUGGGUACAGAUAUCUGAGAGAUCUAUAAGAGAGACAUAUUUGUGUAAAAAGUUUAUUAUUGACACAUUUAGUCCUGAUCAGCCCGGUAUCUGUGACAGUCUAGAGUCGUCUUGGCAAGAAGGGGAUAAAGACCUAUAUAAUCAGCUAGAUGAAUACAUAGCAUUAACCAGCAACUUCAUGGAAAUGAAAAUAUCAUGACACUAACUGUGCUACCAGAGGUAUACCGGAGUGAUGUACAUCAUGAGACCAGCUAUCUGGAUUUGUGGUUGCUGCUGAUUUUGAUAUUCCAAAGACAUAAAGACAAACUUAUGCUAAUCUCAAUGACUGUGCCAAGUCAAAGCUUUGCAAGAGUUAAUGUUCAUUAGGUUGUUACACAAUUUAUUACAGACUUAGAUAAUGUAGAAAGAAUUUUUGAACCGUU